AUAGUGUGUGUGUUGGCCAACUAUAUAAAAUAACUGCUCGUUUAUGACUGUUUAACAUGGACUAUAACAGUUUUUUUUAAGAUUUAAAUCAAUUGCCGAGUGCAUGUUAAUUUAUUAUAGAUAAAAGAUUAACAGGUUGACUGCAGUACCUUCAUUGUUUUUUAUGUUGUGCAUCAAUAGUAUUAUCUAUUAUAUAUAUCAUAUUAUCAUUAUAAAUAAUUCAUUACACUGCAUAGUAAUUUGUAAUGAGUAGUUAUAUCAUGAUAGAAUAAUAUUCUAUAUAGGGUAAUUCGGGUUCUACCUGUACACUAGUACCCAUUGUUCUGUGGUACCACACAUAGAACCAUAAUAAUAUAACGGAAUUAUGCAGUUUUAUACUUUUAUAUCAAUUAUAUCAUUUACUUUUACUUUCUAGUUUUUAUGAAUUUAUAAUUGUGGUGUAACUGUCAUUUGAAAAUCCAAAUCAGAUUUCUAUUUCAUAAUCAAACACAUUUUACACAAACAAUUUUGAACAUUGAUUUUUUUACUUCAAAGUACAAAUAAUAUUGUAUUAUAAACCUGAUUAUAUAUUAUAAUGGAUGAUUUAUGUUCCAAAGUUGAUAUAGUUUUAAAUGAGUGUUCUAGAUAUUUAUAUAAUAUUGAGAAAAAAGAAUUGCAUGAAUCAUCUUUUAAACUAAUAUUUAAAGAUUUUAUAAAUGGACCACUCCUUUAUUUUGUAAAAUCUAUUCAAGUUUUUUUAAAAACAUUUAAAAAUAAAAAUGUUUACAUGCUUUAUGUAUGUUUAAGUCAAAUUCGAAAAUGUCUUCUUCUGUAUGAAAUAACAAUAUCAGAUCAAACCACUAUUCUGAAUUUUGAAAAGGUUUUAAGCAAAUACUUAAUUAAGCGGAUUCAAAAAUGUUUUUAUAAGUUGGAGGACUGUUUAGAAAUGAUAGAUAUACCUGAUUUAGAUGAACAUCCAGGAAAAUUUAUUGAUCAAAUGAAUAUGGUUUUAAAUUCAUUAAACAAUAGGGAUAAUUUUGAACUUAUUAAACCAAUUAUCAAUAAAAUUUUAUUUCAAGCAAUAACUAUUGCUAAAGUUGCAGAUAAAAUAGAUAACUUAGAAAUAACAUCUUCAUCUAAACAUGUUUUAAAAGCAAUUCAGCAAAUUGAAAACACAAAUAUUAAUGAUACUGAUAGUUUUUUCCAAUUUGAUUAUUUAUCUUCUUCAUUAUCUAUUCUUGAAAGACGGAUUAAUACAACAGUUUUACAUCUUAUUUCUGAGAUUUUUAAUGAUCCAUUUUAUAUAGUUAAAAAACUGGUUAGAAAGUGUGGUGAUUCUGUUGACAUACAACUAAGAAAUUCAUCAGAUUUAUCAAUUAUAAUUUGUGAUUUGGAUAAAUAUACUGAUGUAUUAAUUCAGGUUGGAUUAUUUUCUGUGGCCUGUUGUAAAAAUGAUGAAUAUGUUAUUCCUUUAAAAUCUUGUAUAUCAAGCUUGGAACUUUUGGACAGUGAUAUGGUACCAGCCAUUAUUGAAUUUUAUUUAGAUCCAACUUCAAUAGUAAAGAAGACAUUUUUAAAACUGCUUAUAAACCAUUGGGUUUCUGAAAUUUGUGAAAUACAAAAUCUUUUGGACAAAAUCGUCGACCCUUUUGCAUUUACUCAAACAACAGUAGAAACUUCUAUGGGUAUUAUUGAUACUAUCUCUAAAAGUGAUGAAAAUACCAACAUGGAUUUAUUUAUAAAGUUUUCAAAUGGAAUGAAUAAUUUUUCAAAAUUCAUGGAAAAAAUAUUUGCUACAGCUCUUUUUGAAAAUAAAGAACUUUCUUCAACUUUUGAGCAGUUUAAAAAUGCUUUGAGAGAGUAUAAUGCAUGUUUAGUUUAUAAUCAAAGAACAAAUUACAGUUAUAAUGAUGAAUCAAUUAAAAAUAAAUUACUUAAAAGAUGUGUAAUUGUAAUAAAAUAUUUGAAGAAUAAUCAAAUUUUAAUUUCUAAUAUAUUAGAUGAUAAAAAUUUAUCUGAAUUAGAAAACACAAAUUAUAUUUUAUCUAAAACAAGACAGUCCUCACUGAGUUUAUUGCAAACUGAUGACCUUGAUAACAAUGAAGAUCUGAAUUUAUUGUUUACAACUAUUCAAGUUCAAAAAUCAUUUUACAACAAGUUAGAACGUAAAACUUCAAAAAAAAUAUCUCAUAAAGAUUAUAAUUGUUUAAUAUCCACUAAUGAAACAACCUAUGAUAAUGUUGUUACAAUGGAUCUAACAAAAAUUUUAGAUAACUUUAUUCUUGAGUCAUUCAAUAUAAAUAAGGAUAAUAAAACUACAGUAAAUAUAUGGGAAGAAAUAGGUAUUGACACUCCUACAAGAAUACAAGAUCUAAAAGAUGUUGAUAAUAAGAUUUUAAGCGCUAAGAAAUGUUAAAAUAUUUAUUUAUUUUUAUAUCAAAUUGUUACAAAUAUGAUAUAAAUGAACAUCCUAAUUAAUCGUCUAGUUUAAUAUUUAGAUUAUAAUUGUAUAGUUUGCAUUGAAUGUAAAAACUAAUUUUAAAUAUUAAGAAACGCUUAAAUAUAUUUUAAUUUCAGAAUAGAAUAUAUUUAGAAUUUGAAUGAUUUGAUAAAAAAAAUAUUAAUUAAAUUUUCACUGAUUAUAAUAUUUUUAUUUUCUAUUUAUAAUAUAUAAUUAUAGUAUACAUUUAGUUUGCAUUACUAUAAAACAGUAAUUUUCAACCUUUUUAACCAUGCGGCACACUUCAUUGUCUACAAAAUUUUCACGGCACACCAAUCUAAAUAAUAUAUGAAGCAUAUUUUAUAUAAUAUAUACCAAUAUAUUUUGUACACAGAAAUGCUAUAAUAAUAAAUGUAUAUGUAAAAAAAAAAUGUAUUAUGCAACUCACGUUGUCAUAACUCACUUGGUUGUAAAAAUAAAUAAUGAUAAAUUGUACGUAAUUAUAUUUGAUUUUAUUAAUAUGUAGUUUUAUAAUAAUAUUUUUUUAUAAGAAAAGCUGUAAUUUUUAUAAUAUGUUUUUAAAUUUUAUGAUUUGUACAAUAAUUGUAGUAUACUAAUAUGUAAAGACCAGGUAUAUCUAAUUUUGUAUGAUACACUAUUAUGUAAUAUUUAUUAAGAAAAUACUUUUAAAACACAACAGUUACUAUAGAUUCACAUAUUUUAUUUUAUAUCACAAUGUGUAUAAUGUACAGUAAUGUGUAGUUUUAUAAUAAUAUUUUUUUAUACGAUAAACUGUAAUUUUUAUAAUAUUAUAUUUUUAAAUUAUGUGAUUUAUACAAUUAUUGUACAUUUCGCAAUUUGUACAAUGAUUAUUGUACACAUCGCAAAUUGAAUAAUGUAACUUGUACAAUCUAGUUACUUUGUACAGCAACAUUGUACGAUUCGCAAUGUGUACAAAAAUCACUGUACAAAUUGCGAAAUGUACAAUUCUGGACUUUGUAUGUAACAUAUACAUAUAAAUACAUACUAAUAAAACUAUUAA